ACGUGGGGCUGUGAUUGGUGGAAUCCAAUGUUUAUCACGGUUACUAUGGACUUUGGCUUCGCUGGUAUCCAGGUAGCUUCGUUUUAGCUUCCUGUUAGCCUCCUGUUAGCCUCCUGUUAGCUUCCUGUUAGCUUCCUGUUAGCCUCCUGUUAGCUUCCUGUUAGCCUCCUGUUAGCUCCCUGUUAGCCUCCUGUUAGCUCCCUGUUAGCCUCCUGUUAGCUCCCUGUUAGCUUGUCAGUGUGUCGCUGCACCGGAGGAAGUCUCGGAGAAAUGGCGCAGAGAAAGACUUCGAGAAGUCACAGCAGAAAAGAGGCCAAGGUUCCACCAGUGGAGAGCAAGAAUGGAAAGAAGACGGAGGGAGGGGGAGAUGCAGGAGGAGGAGGAGGUCCUAAAUACUCCAUGUUCACCUGGUUUGUGGUCCUGGCUCUGCUCGGAGUGUGGAGCUCUGUGGCCGUGGUCUACUUCGACAUCGUGGACUACGACAGUGUCAUCGCCAGAGCUAAGGACUUUCAUAUGAACUUUUCUCAAGUUUUACAAGGUAAACUCACGGCUUACGACACAGACGGAGACGGAGACUUUGACGUGGAAGAUGCUAAAGUUCUGCUCGGACUGAAAGAGGCAGAGCAAACUAAUGUGGGAGAUUCACCAGAGGAGAAAACAGUUUUAAAACCUGAAGACGUCAGCGAGCUGCAGAGGGAGGAGCCACCUGUGACCUCCACGCCUCCAGAGACUCCAUCAGUCUCUGGCUCUCAGGACGUGGAGUCUGAAAUCCAAGCUGCUGUCCCUCUUCCUCCUCUGGUGGAAGACGACUUCGUUCCAGCAUCAUUAUCCCAGUGUAGUGGUGCGUGUCCUCAUGUCCUAACAGAGUGUCUGUCUCCUGCAGACGACCCUCGAGACAGCACACGUCCUCAUGAAGAUGAGGUCGUGGCCAUCGACAGCACAGGAGUUUUGUUGGAGGAGACGCUGCCUGAGGACAGUUUGGUGAAGUCUGGACAACAUGUGACCAGCUCCAGAUUCUCACAGGAAGCAGAACCGACAGAAGCAGAGAAACAUUCUGAGGAACGAGCGGAACCAGAACCUGAGAGAGAGAAGCUCAAAGAGACGGAGAACAUCCCAGAGGCUGAGGAAACAUCAGAGAAUCAGACUCAGGACAAGAUCAGAGAAAAAGCGAAGAAGAAAAAACCCAAACUGUUGAACAAGUUUGAUAAAACGAUCAAAGCCGAGAUCGAUGCAGCAGAUAAACUUCUGAAGAAGGGGAAGGUGGAGGAGGCGUUACGAGCCUUCGAGGCCCUGGUGCAGCAGUAUCCACAGAGUCCCCGCGCCCUCUAUGGAAAAGCUCAGGCGGAGGACGCGGUGGCGGAGAAGCAGCGCAGUAACGACUUGCUGCAGAAAGCCAUCAACAGCUACAGGGAGGCCGCCGAGCUCCCCGACGCGACCCCUGACCUCCUGAGGGCGGCGCUGAAGAGACGAGCUGAGAGGCAGCAGUUCCUGGGACGGAUGCGAGGGUCUCUGGCGACUCUGGACAAGUUGGUUCAGAUCUUUCCAGAAGACGUCGGCCUGAAGAACGACCUGGGCGUGGCCCACCUGCUGCUAGGAGACAACAAGGGCGCCAAGAAGGUGUACGAGGAGGUCCUGGAGGCGUUCCCUGGAAACGGCUUCGCUAAAGUUCACUACGGCUUCAUCCUGAAAUCUGAGAACAAGAUCGCAGAGAGUAUACCAUACCUGAAGGAGGGUCUGGAGUCGGGGGAGCCGGGGACGGAUGACGGGCGGUUCUACUUCCACCUGGGAGACGCUCUGCAGAGAGUCGGAGACGACAGCGCGUAUCACUGGUACGAGCUGGGACAUAAACGAGGACACUUUGCUUCGGUGUGGCAGAGGUCUCUGUACAAUGUGAAGGGACUGAAGGCUCAGCCCUGGUGGACGCCAAAAGAGACCGGAUACACCGACCUGGUCAAGACACUGGAGAGGAACUGGAGGACGAUCAGGGACGAGGCUCUGGCUGUGAUGGAUCAGACAACAGGACUGUUCGUACCCGAGGAGGAAAACCUGCGAGAGAAAGGAGAGUGGGGCCAGUACACACUGUGGCAACAAGGGAGGAAAGAUGGGAAUUCCUGUGAGGGCGUCCAGAAGACCUGCUCACUGCUGGAGAGAUACACUGAAGCUACAGGCUGCAAGAGAGGACAGAUUAAGUUCUCUGUGAUGCAGCCAGGAACUCACGUGUGGCCUCACACUGGUCCCACUAACUGCAGACUGAGGAUGCACCUCGGCCUCGUCGUCCCCAAACAGGGCUGCAGGAUCCGCUGCACCAACCAGACCAGGGAGUGGCAGGAGGGGAAGGUCCUGAUCUUCGACGACUCCUUCGAGCACGAGGUCUGGCAGGACGCCGACAGUCACCGCCUCAUCUUCAUCGUGGACGUCUGGCACCCGGAGCUGACGCAGCACCAGCGCCAGACUCUGAGUCCGAUUUAGGAGCCGGAGGCGGCGUGGGGGAGGAGCCGGAGGCGGCGUGGGGGAGGAGCCGACCCGGUGAAGAAGCUCUGUUAAACACCGGAGUCUGGAGGAGACGGGAUUCAGUGUUUUGCUUUGUUUGUGGAUAAACUACUAAAAGUGCAGCAGACGAAGAACUGAAGGAUGGAAAAUAAAAAUCCAAAUGUUUCUGGGAAAUACUACUGACUUGACAACAUUUCACCAAAACCCCGGUGAACAGCUGAGGACAUGGAGCCAGGUCCACGGUCCCACCACGUGUUUCUGACCCGGGACACGUUUUGUUCGGUUGUUUCACUUUAAAUUGUUUGAAUUUUUCCCAAAGGUAGAAAAGUUCCUGAGUUUCAAACCAGUUCUCUGGGGUCACAGGUCAAGUUUAGUCCUCUGAUUAUGUGGUAAGAAAAAAGACACUAAAACCUCUUCAUUACAUUAAUAAGCUCAUAAACAUUUAAUAAUGAUGCUGAUCUGUGAAAUGUCACGUGCUCAUGAACGAAGAGAGACGUGUUGGUUUUAGCUCGCCCACUGUGCAGCUUCCUGUUUCCACAGUUACAAGGAAACGUGAGAUUCUAUAAAGGAAGAUUUAUAUUUAUAUAAAAAAUAAAACCACCAAAACAACA